AUGAGGGCAGAGAAAGUUCCGGAGAAACAAGACGCUGUAGAAGAACUAGCCGCAACUGUUGAUGAGUCUGCCUCUACCAGUGAAGAAGCAGAAGAACAAGUUGCUGAAAAACUUUCCUCUGAUGCGCAAGAAGAACUAACAGAAGCUGUAAGGCAGGAACCUCUCGAAGAUACAGUUAGAGAGGUAGAGAAAGUUCCAGAGAAACAAGAAGCUGUAGAAGACCUAGCGCCAACUGUUGAUGAGUCUGCCUCUACCAGUGAAGAAGCAGAAGAACAAGUUGCUGAAAAACUUUCCUCUGAUGCCACAAGAAGAACUAACAGAGGCGUAGAGGCGGAACCUGUCGAAGCUACGUUAGAGAGGCACGAGAAAGUUCCGGAGAAGCAAGCUAUAGAAGAACUAGCACCAACUGUUGAUGAGUCUGCCUCUACCAGUGACGAACCAGAAGAACAACUUGAUGAAAAAUCUUUCUCUGAAGCACAAGAAGAACUAACAGAGGCUGUAAGGCAGGAACCUCUCGAAGAUACAGUUACAGGGGCAGAGAAAGUUCCGGAGAAACAAGACGCUCAGGCGGAACCGUCGAAGCUACGCGUUAGAGAGGCAGAGAAAGUUCCGGAGAAGCAAGCUCUAGAAGAACUAGCACCAACUGUUGAUGAGUCUGCCUCUACCAGUGACGAACCAGAAGAACAACUUGAUGAAAAAUCUUUCUCUGAAGCACAAGAAGAACUAACAGAGGCUGUAGAGGGGGAACCUGCCGAAGAUACGGUUAGACAGGCAGAGAAUGUUCCGGAGAAGCAAGCUGUAGAAGAACUAGCACCAACUGUUGAUGAGUCUGCCUCUACCAGUGACGAACCAGAAGAACAACUUGCUGAAAAACCUUCCUCUGAAGCACAAGUAGAACUAACAGAGGCUGUAGGGAAGGAACCUCUCGAAGAUAUAGUUAGAGAGGCAGAGACAGUUCCAGAAAAACAAGAAGCUGUAGAAGAACUAGCGCCAACUGUUGAUGAUUCUGCCUCUACCAGUGAAGAACCAGAAGAACAAGUUGCUGAAAAACUUUCCUCUGAUGCACAAGAAGAACUAACAGAAGCUGUAAGGCAGGAACCUCUCGAAGAUACAGUUAGAGAGGUAGGCAGAGUGUUCCAGAGCAAAAACAAGAAGCUGUGGAAGACCUAG